CUCAGCCACCGGCAACCGUCAAGAUGCCUUUCCACAAGCAAGUCAAGAACAGCGCUUACUACAGCCGCUACCAGACCAAGUACCGUCGUCGUCGUGAGGGAAAGACCGACUACUACGCCCGUAAGCGUCUGAUCACCCAGGCCAAGAACAAGUACAACGCCCCCAAGUACCGCCUGGUCGUCCGCUUCACCAACCGCGACAUCAUCACCCAGAUCGUCUACUCUGAGAUCUCCGGUGACAAGGUCUUCGCCAGCGCCUACUCCCACGAGCUCAAGCGCUAUGGUAUCACCAACGGUCUGACCAACUGGGCUGCCGCCUACGCCACCGGUCUCCUCCUCGCCCGCCGUACCCUCAAGAAGCUCGGUCUGGAUGAGCAGUUCCCCGGUGUUGAGGAGGCCGAUGGUGAGUACUCCCUCACCGAGGCCGCCGAGACCGACGAGGGCUCCCGCCGCCCCUUCAAGGCCUUCCUUGAUGUCGGUCUUGCCCGUACCUCCACCGGUGCCCGUGUCUUCGGUGCCAUGAAGGGUGCCUCCGACGGUGGUAUCCUCAUCCCCCACUCCGAGAGCCGCUUCCCCGGUUUCGACAUCGAGUCCGAGGAGCUCGACGCCGAGACUCUCCGCAACUACAUCUUCGGUGGCCACGUCGCUGAGUACAUGGAGGGUCUUGCCGACGACGAUGAGGAGCGCUUCGCCUCCCAGUUCAACAAGUACGUUGAGGCUGGUGUCGAGGCCGGUGACAUUGAGGACCUCUACACUGAGGCCCACAAGGCCAUCCGUGAGGACCCCUUCAAGAAGGACGAGAACGAGGGUGAGAAGAAGACCAAGGAGGAGUGGAAGGCCGAGGCCCUCAAGUACCGCAAGGUCCGCCUCACUCACGACGAGCGCAAGGCUCGCGUUGAGGAGAAGAUCCGUGAGCUCGCUGCCUAAGUGGAGGGCUGGCCCAAUCGUGCUUGAUGCUUAACUGAGUGCGGUAGUCAAAACAAAAGUUAAUAAUUCUCUUUGGAAUACAAGGGAAUUAUGUUCUUCUUGCCCAAUACUUUUGUGAUAUCCAGUGUAGUCUGAUGACCUUUUUUUAUGACCGGAGUUAUGGCAGGGGGGUUCUGUUCGGAGCAAUUAUGGAACGCGCCUAAUGCGAUUUUUAAUUCAGCAUGUAUAAGGUGCUCCGGUAAAU